UUCGUCUGCAUGUACUGGCCGGAUGCAAAUGCAUGCUCCCUAGAAUAGGCGAGUAGCAGCACAUCACUUGCGCAGCUUCCUCCCUCCAGACCGGCCUCGUCUGCUCGUCUCCCUCAACAACCGGCAGCCUCCCCUCUUCCGGAUCAAGCACCACAAUUUCCUUCCGUUUUCUUCACUUCUUGUUCAGAAAACAAUACUUCUUCGUCGUCGUCGUCGCCGCGGCCGGGAAGGAUCGACUAGUUCUGAGGACCGAUGAGCUACUACAACCCGCAUGCCCCUGUCGGCGCCCCGCCCCCGCAAGGGUACCCGAUGGACCCGUACGCCAAGACCGGCGUCGAGGAGAGCCAGCACCAGCACCAGCCGUACCCGACGCCGCCGGGCCAGCCGUACCCGCCGUCGCCGCAGAACCAGCCGUACCCUCCGUCGCCGCCGAACCAGCCGUACCCUCCUGCGCCGAACCAGCCGUACCCGCCGUCGCCGCCGAACCAGCCGUACCCUCCUCCGCCGAACCAGCCGUACCCGCCGUCGCCGCCGCAGCAGCAGAACCGCGAGCAGUACGCGCCACUGCCGCCCGGCCAGCCGUACCCGUCGCCGGCUGGCCAACCGUACCCGCCGCCGCCGGUCCAGCCGUACCCGCCGCCGCCGGUCCAGCCGUACCCGCCGCCGAUGGCUUACCCGGCGCACCAGUACGCGCAGCCCUACGGGUACCCGCCGUACGCGCAGCCUCCACCGCCCCCGCCGCACCGGCACGAGGGCCCGUCCUUCGCCCAGGGAUGUCUUGCAGCAUGUUGUUGCUGUUGUCUCAUGGAUGCAUGCUUCUAAGAGAAAACAUGGAUCACGAUACAAACUGACGGAAGACUUGGUUAUAAUAGUUGUGGGACGUCAACAUUAAUUCGUUUAGACCCAAGAGUUUUGCAUUGAUUACUCGACAUAAUUACAAUUGUGUUGAGUGCACGUGUUUGAUGAAACCAUGAAAGUUAGUUAGUUAGGAGGGUAUGUUGUAGUUUUAGUAAUAUAUUUAGUCACUGAUGAAAAGUGCUAUCUCAUCUAACUAAUAUGCCCAUAGAUAUCAAUAAAUAAGGUUGUGUU